AUAGUCCAGGAUGUAAAUCACAUACAGAUAUGGAUAUACAUAUCAGGAGAAAAGAUCAUAUGUCUCACGUUAUAUUGAGAUCUGUGGUUGCCUUUAAUACAGUCAAAAAACGCUGGUUUUUUAAACAAGAAGCGAGAUCUGUCAAAGUGAGAAAGAAAAUAUCAGAAAAUAUCUUCAAAUGUCUUCUCAGCAUAUUAGUGAUAUAGACAGUGUACAGUUUUACAAAGUACCUUUCUCUCAAGCUAUUAAUUUAAUUAAAAAGCGUAAGGUUUUCAUUAUGCACGGUAUAGCUUUUGUACCUGAAGAAGAAAUGGGAUUUGUAUUUACAACAUAUUUCAGGAAAAUUUUGAUAUCAGCUUUUGAAAGUGCACGUGAAGCUAGAGCUAAUAUAUAUAACGAUGAAAGGUUUUCCAAUAUCUUUGAUCAUCUAGAAAAUAGUAUUCAUAUAGAAAAUACUAUAUUGAUACAAGACAAAGAUGUACAACAGUAUGUUUCGUUGGAUCAAUUGGAUGAACUUUCAGGAAGUUCGUAUCCUUGUUGUAUGAGGGUACUUCAUAAAGCAUUGAGGAAAAAUCAUCAUCUUACUCACGGUGGUAGAAUACAGUAUGGUCUAUUUCUAAAGGGCAUCGGAAUUUCUUUGUCUGACGCGAUGACCUUUUGGAAAAGUGAAUUCAUAAACAUAAUGGAUGAAGCUGCAUUUGAAAAAGAACACACCUAUCAGAUAAGAUUCAUUUUCGGGUGGGAAGGUACUCGGCGGGAUUAUCAACCAUACAAGUGUUCGAAAAUCAUGGAAUCGACUGUUGGUCCUAGAGAUUAUCACGGAUGUCCUUUUAAGCACAUGCCACGCGACGUACUCGAAGACGAACUCGUCAAUUGCGGUUUCAACGCAUUGGAAAGAUCAGCAAUAAUGAACUUAUCGCAAAAUGGCCAAUAUUCAGCAGCAUGUAACAAAUACUAUGAAAUUAAACAUGGUUGUUUCAACGAUAUCCCGUUCAAACAUCCAAAUAUAUAUUUCAACGAGUGUGUGAAAAAUCGUGUCUUGUAUCGUAAUUACGAUCUGAACCCGGAAAGUGAAGAUAUGUAUUAAUUGUCGUACAAAAAAAGAAACAAGCGAAGAUAUUGGAGCGAUGCUGGGACCUGUAAAAUAUAUUUGAAAAAAGCAAUAGAGUGAACAGCGAUUUUUAAACAGAUCUCUGUUUGUAAAUAUAAACGUUUAAUUCUUUGUGAUACAGUAAGUAUCCCGAUAAUGUUUCUCAAAACGGAUAAGCAAGUAUCCGUGGUUGAAUGAUUUGAAUUUAAUAAUUUAAUAACUCGAUGUGUCAACUAAUCUGCCAUUUUUUAUUAAUCAGAUUGUUUUGUUAAUACGAAACAUUACCGGAUAAUAUGCGUGUAUUUUCAUACUAAAUGAAUGUCUGGCAAUAUUCUUAUUUAAUGGAAAUAUAUGCUUAAAUAAAAAUGCUUGUAUGAUUA